UUAUGAGACGAAGCGUAUGCCUUCAAACUGAACUCUACGAGUCUUGCUCGCUGAACGUGUAAAACUAAACAAAUCCAAGAAAUCUUGGAAGGAAAACCGGAAAAUAAUUCAACAAGUGUUAUUUCACUUCAAUUCAUUUUUAAGAGGAUUCUUCCGGAUAGGACUUGAACCAAACCGAGCGAAAGAUGAGUUUGAAGAUUAUUUGGCUUGUCUCGUGUAUCAUUCCACACUUGGUGUUUUCCUCCAACCAGUCGGUAAAAUCCCAGUCCCCGCCGACCUUGAGCUGUACUGUCAGCGGCUGCAGUGGUGUACCGGGAGCUCCCGGGGCCAAGGGAGACCAAGGACCUGUGGGAACACCCGGUAAAAUGGGACCGAAGGGCUCUCAAGGGCCCAAAGGCGAGCAGGGUACCCAGGCCCCUCAGAGAAACUGGAAACAAUGUGCGUGGAAGAAUCUCAAUGAUGGGAGAGACUAUGGGCUGAUUAAGGAGUGCAUUUUUACCAAGCACGCCCAGGAUACAGCCUUGAAAGUGGAGUUCAAUGGUGACUACAGAAUAGCUUACUGCCUGGAUUGCUGUAAGCGAUGGUACUUCACCUUUGAUGGUGCUGAGUGUAAAGGUCCACUCACCAUUGAUGGUCUUGUCCUUAUUUAUCGAAACAACGGCAAAACGGACACCAAUAUACACAAAACAACUUAUAUUGGAGGAUACUGCCAGGGACUUUCCAAGGGAACCAUUAAAGUGGGAAUAAAAGUCGGAGACUGCCCGGGGAAGAAAUCGGGGUCUGAUGCUUAUACCGGGUGGAACUCCGUAACUCGUAUCAUGAUCGAGGAGGUCAAUGCACCCCAGAAGUAGCUUGGAAGCAAAACAGAAAGAUAGAAGGCCUUAACCUGCUUCUUAAUUUUGUUGUUAUCAUUAUCAUAUGGUACACAUUAGAUGCGGGAUAUUAGUGUAUUAACAGCGAUUAAAAAGAUUAAUUUUGAAGCAUUA